AUGGAGGAGGUGGAGGUUCCGUCCUACUUCGUGUGCCCCAUCACGCUGGACGUCAUGCGCGACCCCGUCACGCUCCCCACCGGCAUCACCUACGACCGCCACGCCAUCCACCGCUGGCUCCGCCUCGCCGCCUCCUGCCCGCUCACCAAGCUGCCCGUCGCGCCGGACUGCGAGCCCACGCCCAACCACACGCUCUGCCGCCUCAUCCGCUCCUGGUGCGCCCUCCACCGCCCCGACGACGCCGUCGACCAUACGAUGAAGUCGGCCCCUGCGGACUGCGCCCACCUCGCCGCGCUGGUGUCGCGUCUCGCCGACGCGAAGAACAAGAGACCGUCGCAAGAGGCCCUCGCUGCGCUCCGCGAGCUUAGGGACGUCGUGGCGGAGGGCGAGCGCGGUAGGGAACUCGUCGCCGCCGUACCCGGCUCGGCGGACGCGCUGCUCGACGUCUUCGUCUCGUCUGCGACGUCCGCGCCAGAGAACUCCGCCGCGGCACUCGACGUCAUCUCCUCGCUCCGGCUCCCGGAGCGGUGCCUGGCGCGCGCCGUCGACAGGGAUGGCGCGGCGCUGGUCGGCGCGCUCGUCUCCACCCUGCAGGGACACUCCGGCCCCGACGCGGAUGCGGCGUCCCGGGCACGCGCAGCCGUGCUCCUGGCGGACGUGAUGGCGUGCAUGUCGCCGAGCAGGGCGGCGUCGCUCCCGGAGCAGGCGUUCGUCGAGGCUGUGCGGCUGCUCCGCGGCGACGACGGCAUGGGCGCCUCGACCUCGAUGGCGACCAAGGCGGCGCUGCGGGUGCUUGCAGGCGCGACCGCCCACGGGCGGAACCGAGUGAAGGCAGCGGAGGCCGGCGCGGUGGCUGCGCUCGUGGACAUGCUGCUGCUCGUGAACGGCGAGCGGCGGCGUGCGUGGUGCGAGCUGGCGCUGUGCGCGCUGAACCGGCUGUGCGGGUGCGCGGAGGGCCGCGCAGCGCUGGUGGCGCACGGAGCCGGCGUGGCAGCCGUGGGCGCGUGGGUGGCCGGGGCGUCGAUGGCGGCUAGCACGAAGGCGGUGCGGGUGCUCCGAUCAAUCGCCCGGCACACGGCCACGGUGGCGGUGGUGCAGGAGAUGGCAGCGACGGGCGCGGUGGGGAAGCUGUGCCUGGUGGCGGCGUCGGUGCCGGAGGAGGAGUGGCAGUGGUGCGACGAGAGGACGAGGGAGCGGGCACGGGAGACGCUCCGGCUGCACGCCAGGGCGUGGCGGAGCUCGCCGUGCUUGCAUCCUACCCUCCAGGCCCUCUACCCUUGCUAA